UUCAUUCAUUCUCCGCCGUCUUGGAGCCCCAGGCCGCCGGUGCUGCGAGGAGAGGCGGGAAGAGGGGGCGGCCGCGAGCCGGGGGCUCCAUUGUGCUCGGCGGGGGCCGGGAAGCCGAGGGAGGUGGGCUUGGGCCCCCCGCGCUGCUCCCCGGCGGCCGCUGCGCCCCCAGCUAAGCCGCCAGCCUGGAAAUGGCUCCGCUGCUGCUCCUCGAGAGAACGAAUCGAUCCUCCCCAGCCUUCUCCGCCUGCUCUCCUCCACCUCCUCUCCGCUCCGAGUCUUAGGAGGACGAACAUUUCAGAGGACAGAUUCCAAUGUGGUGUGCCGUGCACAUCGCGAGCGGCCGGGCUUUGCACUUGGAGAUUUUUUUUCUAUAGAUUUUGUUUGUUUUUUUUUUUAAUGUAAGCGAAGGGAGACAGUGGCAUUGCUGCCCGUAAGGAUUUUUUUUUUUUUAAUUAAAGUGCACGUCGCGUUGGGUUGCACGCUCCACCCCUAGGGACCUGGUGUGGUGAAAUUUGAACCCACCGCCUUCAGCCCAGAGAAGGCCGAGUUACCUGGCUCCCUGGAGUGUCGAGGGGACGGGAGCGAAAUGACCAGCGAACUCGUUUUUUAUAAGACUCGGUGAAGCUGGGUUUUGCGUUUUUCCUACAUGUACACCUGAUUUUGUGGAAUAGUUUGAGUGCUCCAUUCUCCGCGCAACCUUUUUCAAUUCUCAAACAAGCCAAUGUUUGAACGCUUUGGUAUCAGCGCGAGUGAAAUCCUUUUACCGACAAGAACUAACUGAAUUGUCAGCGUCGUUGAAUUACCUCCGGAAAAGAUCUCGGGGGUGGAAAAAGCAACCUACGAAAUAACAGACGGAGACAAUUCCUUGGAAGUUAUUUCUGUAGCCUAGGAGCAGAAACUUCAGAGCAAGUUCUCAUUGGGCAAAAUGGGGGAACAGCCUAUCUUCAGCACUCGAGCUCAUGUCUUCCAGAUUGACCCAAACACAAAGAAGAACUGGGUCCCCACCAGCAAGCAUGCAGUCACUGUGUCUUACUUUUAUGACAGCACAAGAAAUGUGUACAGGAUAAUCAGUUUAGACGGCUCAAAGGCAAUAAUAAAUAGCACCAUCACUCCAAACAUGACAUUUACUAAAACAUCUCAGAAGUUUGGCCAGUGGGCUGAUAGCCGGGCAAACACUGUUUACGGAUUGGGAUUCUCCUCUGAGCAUCAUCUUUCAAAAUUUGCAGAAAAGUUUCAGGAAUUUAAAGAAGCUGCUCGUCUAGCAAAGGAGAAGUCGCAAGAGAAGAUGGAACUAACCAGUACACCUUCACAGGAGUCCGCAGGAGGAGAUCUUCAGUCUCCUUUAACCCCAGAAAGCAUCAAUGGCACGGACGAUGAACGGACACCGGAUGUGACACAGAACUCGGAGCCAAGGGCUGAGCCAGCUCAGAAUGCGCUGCCAUUCUCACAUAGUGCUGGGGAUCGAGCCCAGGGCCUCUCCCAUGCUAGUUCAGCAAUCAGCAAACACUGGGAGGCUGAACUAGCUACCCUCAAAGGAAACAACGCCAAACUCACCGCAGCCCUGCUGGAGUCCACUGCCAACGUGAAGCAAUGGAAGCAGCAGCUGGCCGCCUAUCAGGAGGAAGCAGAGCGGCUGCACAAGCGGGUCACUGAGCUCGAAUGUGUUAGUAGUCAAGCAAAUGCUGUGCACACGCACAAGGCAGAGCUGAACCAGACAGUGCAAGAGCUGGAAGAGACGCUGAAAGGGAAGGAAGAGGAAAUCGAAAGACUAAAACAAGAAAUUGAUAAUGCCAGAGAACUCCAAGAACAGAGGGACUCUCUGACUCAGAAACUACAGGAAGUUGAAAUUCGAAAUAAAGACCUGGAGGGCCAGCUGUCUGACCUAGAGCAGCGCCUGGAGAAGAGCCAGAGCGAGCAGGAGGCUUUCCGCAAUAACCUGAAGACGCUCUUAGAAAUCCUGGAUGGAAAAAUAUUUGAACUCACAGAAUUACGAGAUAAUUUGGCCAAACUACUAGAAUGCAGCUAAGGAGAAUGAAAUCUCAGUGCCAACUGAUGAAAAGAUACUGUCUGUCUUCAUAGGACCGUUGGGGCUCUGCACCAAGAUUGCACAAAAUUUUUUGAAUAUCAUUUCCUCCAGGAGGAGGGUGUUUUGAAAAUUGGAAUUGUAUAUUUCAGUAUAAAUUUUAGAAUUUAGCUUGUAGCUAGUUGGGGAAAAAAAGACAUGAAAAACUUGAACUACAAAUUACCUCCAUGUAUAUUGGCCAUAGUUAACUGGAAAGUUAUAAGUGGACACUUAAUGCAAUCUUUUACCCCCUGAUAUUAGCCAAUGGGAGAAUUAACAAUGUUUGGGUCCUUUCUCCUCUUUUUUUUUUUUUUUUUGUUCAACACAGUGAAGAUUAUCUGCUUUUUAAAUUAAUUUAUUUAUGAUAUCUACAGCUGUGUUUUAUGCAAAAACUUAGUACUGAAAGCCCUGUCUUUUGUUGUUAUCUGGAUAAUUUCUCAGGAUAUUUUUGCACUGCUGAGAAGCAGGGCCAUUACCAAUUAAUUCUUGCCAGGUGUGGGAGAGAGCUACAUCUUAAUUGAAAAUCACUGUAAAUGGGUGUCUGGAGUUCUUCCUUUUUGUACUAGGAGUGUCUCACUCUAGUGACUGCUCUGGUACACUCCGCUGUUCUCCGAUCUUGUCUGCUCUACAGUUUACUUUUCCAUAUUGAUUCUGGUAUUUAUGAAAAGAUACUGUCUCCCAUUUUAUUACACAUUUUAAAGACAAUUAACAAAGGCAGCUGAGUCCCUCAGAUAUUUUUCUUUUUGAAUUUAUAGUAAAUUUGACACACAGAACUGAAAUACAGCAGUCUGUCCUUGGCGGUUUAGGCUAGCAAUGUUAAGUAUAUUUACAGAAAAUAUGCAGUUACAUUUAUUUAUAUAUUUGGCAAGAAAUCUUUUCUGAGUGAUCAAUGAAUUUCAGUUUCUGAAAAAUAAUGGUUAUGGGGGCACUGUUUCUUAUAGAUAAUUUUAAGGUGUAUGGCUGAUUUCAAGGAGGUCCACUUCCACCUAGCAGUCAAUCAGAGGACCGUAUCUAAAUUGUGACUGUGGCAGAUGGGUCUUCACCGAAACCAUGUCUUUAUUCAAACUUCACAAGGCAAUAUUUUGAACUGUUAACUAGGCAUUUCAAAACGGGAAAUACCUUCAACAGGCUCUUCUCGGAGAACAGGUUUUAGUGUUGUUUUGAUGUAAUUUUAAGACAUUUAGCAAACAUGCAUUUCUUUAUAUGAUACAUUUCUUUCACAAAGCUAUCUUAAACGCAAGCCAAGUGCCGUCUGCUCUGCCCUAGUAGGAAUCGCAUCAGCAUACAUACAUUCUUGCUGUACAAUGCCUGUGACCUUGAAGGGAGUUCUUUCAGUGUAUGCUUGAGUACCUGACUUUGGAGUCAAUGAAUGCACUGAUUUUUUUGUUUGUACCCCAAAUGAUUGAAUUGUUCAGUACAAAUUAAGCAGAUUAACCCAUUUUUCACUCAUAAACAGAUUCUUAGUACUAGUUUUGUUUUAUAUUUAUGUGUAUGUACAUACAUACAUACAUAUAUAUCAAUUUAUACCAGAGUGAAAAAUAAAUGGUUUGUCUCUAAAGUUAGUUUCUAUGGGGAGGUGUCUCUGAAAAAUCUCUAUCAGACACUUAGUCAUCAUGUAUUAUAUGUCCUAUAACACCACAACAGCCACAACCAUCUAUUUUAGGGUAUUUUCCUUACCUGUUUAUUAUAGGGAGAACAAUUUAGGUACACAUGCUCAGAGCUGAGAUAUUUCUCUGAUAAAUCAGGUAAUAAAAUUUAUUUGAUGGAUAGAAUUUUGAAAACAGAUAUGAUUUUAUCUGAGUUUCCUGAGUUUCUGAGUAUCAAAGAAGACCAGGUUUUAAUUUAAAUAGAGGACUAACACUAGGGGUCAGGGAAUUUAGUUACGAAGAGUUUAAAAAAAAAAUCUUAAAAAAAAAACAAAAAAAAAAAAACAGUGUAAGCUGUUGAUAUGGUAAGCGAAUUAUUUUAAUGAUGUAAUAAAAUAUUUUUAAAUUUUGGCAUAGUGAUGAUUUAAUGGGAAAAUAACUCACCAAAAUGUCUCCACUUGAAUUGUACUGAUAAUGAGAGGCAUAUGUGUAAUUCAAUAUAUACAUAUACCUAUAUGUAUAUACAGAAAUUAUUUUUAAUAUUUUCCUACUGCUGUGAAAUUUAAAAUUGGAAAUUUUGUGAGUGUUUUCCAUGUCCAAUAGAGCCUAAUUGUUUCUUUUUUUAGUAACUUAACAAUUUCUUGAGGGCUGCACCUAUAACUUCCCAGCUUGUCAGUAGACAUGUACAGUACUUGGGAGCAGGUGGACACAAGUGCACAUAUAAAUAAACCUUCUUACUGACUAUUUUAAACACUCGGUCACACUAGAGGAGCAUUAGAACUCAUCGCCUCUGAGUCGUAGGUUGUGUGCCUACUGUAGCUUUUUCCAUUGCUGUAUUAUAGACACAUUUGCAUAUUAAAAUUUGAUUUUUCCCAGAGAUAAAUAUUAUAUAAUGUAUCUAUAUUUAGAUCAAACGUGGUAAUAUAUUGAUCGGAACCUAAUGUUGGGGACUAUAGCCUGAACAUGUGGACUUGCAGUGACACUGGAGGAGAGCAGAGGUCAAUCCCAUCUCUGUAUAAGGUAUUAUAACUAUGAAAUCUUGUACAAAAGCAAAAAACUGGAAAAAAAAAAAACAACCAAAAAUACAGUUUUUAUUUUGAAAUACAUUUGUUCUCUGGAGAAUGUACUUCAUCUUUUUUUCCUCAAUCUUUUAAGGAUAUUUAAAGCAUUUAAGCAAUGGCAGCAUUUCCUUCAAUCCUACAGGUGCUACUUCAUUUUGCAUUAGUAUGUGAUGUUUUAAAAUCCUAACUUUGACAUAAAAGGUUUUAUAAGUA